AUGUCCGCGAUUGCUGAUCUUCACACCGAAGCCUUAGCUUCUUGGAAUGAUAACGCAGACUACUGGGAUGACGGCAUCGGACAUGAAGGCAAUAAAUACUGGAAGCGGCUCCAGGAGCCUUGUCUCUCCCGGUUUUUGAGUAAACAUCUAGCCAAACACGAUUGUCGGGCCCUGGACCUGGCGACUGGCAAUGGAUUGUGUGCACGAUGGCUCGCCGAUCGAGGUGCUUUUGUGACAGCAGCCGAUGGGAGCGAUCGCAUGCUCGAAAAAGCUAGAGAACGAUGCUCCAACAACCCUGGUAUCACUUUCCGGACCAUUGAUGUUACGAAAGCGGAACAUUUUGAGGCUCUGGUCGCUGAUAUUGGAGGGGAGCUGACAUCUCUUCCUUUUGAGAUCGAGGGUUUCGAUGUUGUGCUUAUCAAUAUGGCACUCAUGGACAUUGCAACCUUGGAACCUCUUGCUGCCGCAUUGCCACGGUUGCUGAAGAGUGAUGGCGUCUUUGUGGCGACGCUGCUUCACCCCGUCUUCUUCACAUCCGACCAUUCGCGCCUCAUAGAUGUGAGGACUGAUCCGGAGACCGGAGAGCGGGAAGUUAUUCGGUCGAAGGCUAUACGAAAGUACAUGGAGGUCCCUCCAACAAGGGGUAUAGCUCUUCCUGGACAGCCGGUGAAACAGGUCUACUUCCAUAGACCUAUUCAUGAACUGCUAGGCGUCUUCUUGAAGAAGGGUAUGGUGCUCGAUGGACUUGAGGAGCCAACCUUUACUUCCGAAGAGGAGGAGAAUGACCGGCUUGAAGCUACCGCAAACUUUGCCCAACUGCCGGCUCUGAUGGCUUUCCGCAUGCGGAGAGGCUUCUGA